GAAGAAUGGAUCUCCCGCUUCCACCACCUCGAGCUGUCAUUUUCGACCUCGGUGAUGUGCUAUUCACCUGGUCCGCUAGCACGACUACACUCAUCCCAGCUCGUCAGCUGAGAGACAUCCUUUCAACCCCUAUCUGGUUUGCCUACGAUCGUGGCGAAAUCACUCGAGAUGUUUGUUAUCAGCUAAGUGCUGAAAAGUUCUGCCUUUCAGCAUCCGAGAUUGCGGAAGCAUUUACACAGGCGCGCAAAUCUCUGCAGCCUGACCCAGAGAUUCUUGCUGUUGUUCGUGAAUUGAAUGAGAAUCCUGCAAUCGAAGUUUAUGCAAUGUCCAACAUUGGCAAAGAGGACUUUGAGGAACUUGCAACCAGCAUUGAUUGGUCACUUUUCAACCAAGUCUUCACCUCCGCAGCCACUGGCAUGCGGAAGCCAGAGCUCGGGUUCUACAAACAUGUCCUUGAUCACAUCGGCCUGGCCGGAAAUGAGGUUGUCUUCAUUGACGACAGAGAAGAGAACAUCCGCGCUGCGAAAUCUUUGGGUAUUCGUGGAUAUGUAUUUGAGCAUUCGAGGAUACAGUCCUUGCGCAUGACACUCGAAAGUCCAGUCGGCAGGGCAUGGACAUACCUAUUCCAAAACGCAAAGACGUGUGAUUCAAUCACAAAUAGCGGCGACGUAUUCUCAGACAACUUCGCCAAACUAUUGAUCGCAGACACCUUGCACAACAAAAGCCUCAUCGAUCUCCAAUGGGGAUCCAAGACAACCUGGAACUUCUUCAAUGGCGAAACAGUGCUCGUACCGGGAGGACUGUUCCCGGACGACUUGGACACCACCUCGCUUGCUCUGCAAGUUCUGCAACCACCUUCCAAAGAAAUGGUCUCGACCCUCCUUGACGAAAUGGCCGAAUAUGUCAAUCAGGAUGGAACUUUCCAGACGUAUUUCGACCGUAUCAGGGCACGAAUUGAUCCCAUCGUCAGCGCAAACAUCUUGGCUUGCUUUUAUUACUAUGGUCGUGGGCACGAAUUCCCUGGUACCCUCAAGCUCGUGUAUUCGAUGCUCUCAAAUAGUUCUUACCUACAGGGAACACGAUAUUAUGCCUCGGCCGACUGCUGUCUGGGGUUCAUAGGGCGGUUGUUACGGUCUUCGAAGGAUCCUCAUCUCCACUUGACCCUGGGCCCGUUGUUGAAGUCAAGAAUGCGCGAACGCCUCGGUCAUGAUGGAAGUGCACUAGAUCUGGCCAUGCGGAUCAUCACCUGCACGCAGGUGGGUGUUGAAUGCCAGGACGACAAGCAGACUUUGCUGAGCAUGCAAUGUGAUGACGGAAGCUGGGAACCUGGCUGGAUGUAUCGGUACGGGUCCACGGGCGUGAAGAUUGGAAAUCGCGGCGUCACUACCGCAAUGGCGGUUGCAGCAUUGUCAACUAAGGAUGAGUUGAUGUAGUGCUUGUUCGGAGACUCCAAAUUUGCUGAAGUCAUAUUAUGCACCUAUCGAGAAGCAACACAGUCCUCUCUACCGGGGGUUACUUGCACG